GGCGGUAUCGCGAGAGCUCCCGGGCGGCGCGCGGCUCCCGCGGCUCUUCCCGGCCGGCGUCCGCGGCGCGGCGCGCAGGCGCGGCGGGCGGGUUUCCCGGGGCUACAGCCGGCGCCGCGCCCGCUGUCGGCCGGCUGCGCCAUGGCGGGCGGCGCGGCGCGGGCUCCGCCGGGCUCCGAGGCGCGGCUCAGCCUGGCCGCCUUCCUGCUGGGCGCCUCGGUGCUGGCGCUGCCGCUGCUCACGCGCGCCGGCCUGCAGGGCCGCACGGCGCUGGCGCUCUACGUGGCCGGGCUCAACGCGCUGCUGCUGCUGCUCUACCGGCCGCCGCGCUACCAGAUCGCCGUCCGGGCCUGCUUCCUGGGCUUCGUGUUCGGCUGCGGGGUGCUGCUGAGUUUCAGCCAGUCUUCUUGGGACCACUUCGGCUGGUACAUGUGCUCCCUGUCCUUGUUCCACUACUCGGAAUACUUGGUCACGGCGGUCAACAACCCCAAAAGCCUGUCCCUGGACUCCUUCCUCCUGAACCACAGCCUGGAGUACACCGUGGCCGCCCUUUCCUCCUGGAUAGAGUUCACCCUCGAGAACCUGCUCUGGCCAGGUGAUGCUCUGCAACCCCAUCUGCGGCGUGGGCUACGCGCUGACGGUGUGGCGCUUCUUCCGGGACCGGACGGAAGAGGAGGAAAUCUCGCUGAUCCACUUCUUCGGGGAGGAGUACCUGGAGUACAAGAAGCGGGUGCCCACGGGCUUGCCCUUCAUAAAAGGGGUCAAGGUGGAGCUAUGACCCCCGGGGCGCGGCGCCUCCCACUCCGCGCAGCCCGGGACAAAACGGCCUCCGGUGGGCCACUCUGCAGGAUGGAUUCUCUUAAUCGCUUUAUACUCACCAUUUCCUCUUUGGGAAUAUCCCUCAAGACCAAAGGUCCGAGGCCUUAGGACCAAAGGCCCCCCUCCCCCAACUUCCUGGAGCAUCUGUUCUUGGGCUGAAUCGAGAGCUGGGACGGGGAUGAAAGAUGAACAAGGAGCGGAUAACAGCACUAUCAGCAGCGCGCUGGGCGGGCCUGGCCGCAGGAGGCCUCCCUGCACUUGGGCUGUAACCGAGCCCCCGCCCCCCUGGGGCAGGUGGACUCAUUACUCGGAAUCAGGUUUCUUCCCCAGGAAGGGGCGUGGGCACCAGGGCUUUCUAGCGUUAGAGAUACAUUUUAACCGAAAAGAUAACAUUUUACCCGAAAACAGAGCAGCACAGCCCUAACCACCUCCUUCCCAUCCUCCGUGGGCUGGGCGCAUGAGCAUCUAUCCAGUUUUAAGCCACUUCCUGAUAAGGCUCUCCAUGUAUUUAUCCUAUUGACACACCUGUUUUAUGAAUGGCAGUGUGCGUGCAGAGGGGCUCGGUGUUUACGGCCCCGACUCUUACUUGGCACAAAGGAAGCAUCCACACCUGGCCAAUUGGCUUUGUGUUACCCGGGAGCCCCGCCCCCAUGGCCUCCUGGCCUCCCCCAGUGGGGCUGUCAUCAGUGGCAGGCAUGACCGAGAUGUGUCCUUAGUCCUUUGUCCAAGAAACGGUUCCUGGACGCCUGCUCUGUGCGAGGCCUUGUCAGACGCUGGGAAGUACUGCCCUCCAUCGAUUUGGGUUCUAUUUUUUACCAUAGCGUGUAGUUUUGUGUUUUGAUUCAAAUCUAUUCACUUGAUUUCUAUGUUCCGUUCUCAAAGUUUCAUCGUCCCUGAUGCCACUUCAAACUGUCUUCCAAAGGGGUGUGAGCGCUCGCACAGCUGCACAAUGCAAGGCGACUCAUGAAAGUCUUACCCAGAGCAAACAGUCCCGAUGAGAGUUAGCCCUGCUUCUGUCUUUCCAGUUCAGGGAGAGGGGUUGGCUGUAGGAGUCAAACAUGAGCUGUAAGGACCCUCCUUUAGUUCCGGACGAGACAGGAGCGUGGUCUGUGAGAUCCUUCCGUGCAGGGCGGCGGCGGCGCUGGGACCGCGGCGGAGCCAGACCUGCGGCCUCCGAGGAGCCACUACCUUUCCGUGCCUAGACCUCCCCAUCUAGAAUGGGGCCAAUACCGCCUACCUCACAGGGGUGUUGUGAAGACUCAGAAGAACGUCAAACGUUUUUAAUGCUUAGAGGACAGAGGACAUUGUGGAAUCUGUACUGUGAGUUGUGCAAAAAUGGACAUUCGGUUAACUGUACCAGAUGCUGGAAAUGUGUGCAAAAGAGCAUUUUACCAACUCAAAAUAGUAUUAAUUUCUAGA